AGAAGCAGCAACCUUCCCAGAGCGUACAUAUGAGCACUGACGCAGAGCUAGUAUACGUGCCUGACUAGAUACUACAUAACGUGGAAAGCUACUGGUGUUUCUGAACGACACAGACCAAGUUUUCGUUAACAUGGCUCUCUUCAAAGGAUGCGUUCCGCGAAAGUCACGAUCCCGUGGACUUGCCUCGUACAACGAUGAUGUAAUCUACCCGUUGUAUAAACUGGAUGAUACCAACACCCUGCGGAGUUUGCUGCUCGCAUGGACUCUUAGCUUUAACGACGUGUUGGACGCAGAAAAGCUGCGCUCUUCAUUGGCCAGGCUGCUAGAGAUUGGGGAUUGGAGGAAGAUCGGGGGUCGGUUGAGGCUCAAGAAUGGGACAUUGGAAAUCCACGCGCCACAGAAAUUUACCCCAGACCGGCCGGCGUUUUCAUACAGUCAUGAGCAUGUCGAUAUGGCUAUGGAAGACUACGAGAGAACGAAGAACUUCCCCAGAUCUAACGGCGGUGUGUCGAUUUGGCCAAGCCCUUAUACUUUUAUUGAUCUUGCGGCUCGAGAUGGUUCGCCCAAAACGCCGAUGGACCUUCUGGCUGGAGACACUCCACAAGUAUCGCUUCACGUCAUAUCAUUCACCAAUGCGACAAUUGUCUCAAUUCUAUGGCCCCAUACCCUGAUGGAUAUCAUGGGACAGAAAGCGUUCCUUGAUGCUUGGUCAAUGGUUCUGGAGGGUAGAGAGUCGGAGGUACCACUUGUACUAGGUGUCCAAAAGGAUGUGCUGCAGGUGGCCUUGGAUGCCCCAGUGGGGGGGCCCGACAACUACGCUCUGAAAUCUAAGCAAAUUAAAGGAUCGUCGUUGAUCAGGUUUAUCACAAGGUUUGCUUGGGAUAUGCUACGCGGCCCAACACCAGAAACGCAAACCAUAUGCCUGCCGGAGAAGACAAUUGCCACCAUGCGGCUGCAAGCAAAGAUGGACAUCACCACAUCUACCAGCGGAGAAAAACCACCGUUCAUGAGCGAUGGUGACAUACUCACAGCAUGGGCAAUGCGGGCGGUAAGCGACUCAAUGCCUCGGCCCCGGCCGAUGACCGCACUACACGCAAUGAAUGCGCGAUUCCGCCUCCCGUCGCUCAAAAACGCUUCCGGAGUAUACAUUCAAAACAUGAUUCUUCCCGCCUACACAUAUCUAUCUGUAGAAGACACAUCUCGGCCGCUAGGCGCCAUCGCGUCAAGCAACCGGCAACAACUUGCCUUCCAGGCGACCGAAACGCAAGUACUAGCCAGCAUGCACGAGCAAUUCCAGUCCAAGGACCCCUCAAAGCUCCUUUUUUGCGACGACGAUGCGCUCUUGAUGCCUUUCACGGAUUGGUCCAAGGCCAACCUGCUCCGCACCAUCAACUUCCGGGCUGCAGUCAUCCGGGCCGGUGAUAAGAGACAGACCAGACGUAAUCCUCCAGGCACACCGACAUUUCACCAUGUAGCAACCAUGAAACAAAUUCGGACCACGAGACUGAUGGUUGUGAUAAUGGGCAAGGAUCACGAGGGCAGUUACUGGCUUACGAUGACCUUGCCACCUGCGGCGUGGAAGAAAGUCAGGGAGUCUGUAGUGGAUCUGGGUGCUCGGGAUUAAUUUAUAUGCUAGC